AUGUUGCUCAUUGCUCGUCUCAAUCGUGCCGUGGCAUGCUUUGCCUUGCCGCUGAUGUACGGCAUCGUCAAAAGCCCUCCACUUCGCUACCUACAACUGCUCCAAACUAAUAUAUCCAGCCAUGGCCAUCUCAAUGGCAACGUAGUGACUCUGACUAUUGCUCAGAAUUGCUCUGCCCUCAAACAUUUUAUAUGUUUUACCAUACCAGAUGAGGAAGCUGAGAAACAUCUCAGCAGUUUGCUGCAAAUGCUUCCUCCUAACACAAUAGAAUCUUUUACGGUCAUACGAGGUGUUAUAGUGGGCCCACACGUACUAAAGGCUCUGGAUAAGCAUUCUGGCUCUCUGAAGCUCCUUGUGUUGUCUCAAUUGGGAGCCAGAGCUCUGGGCGCAUUGAAUGAGCUCCAAAAGUGCAAUGCACUGGAGAGUCUGUGUCUCGACGCUUCGCGCGCUGGCCCAGACUUUGACUUCGUACGGUCAGAUACAGCAGUCUACGGUCAGUGUGUGGAAUGGCUGCAAAACUGCGCCCAAAUGACGCACCUCAGCUUGAGCUUUUUCCCUGGUGGCACGCAACUUCUCAAGGAUUCACUGACAGGGCCAAAGCUCCGUCUUAAGUCUCUCGCCCUGGUUUCAGUUGAGGCAAAUGCGCCCUGGUAUAGUGAGCUACAUCACCAAGCGAAACUUGAGUACUUGAACGUCGAAGUUCCGCAGCUGGAGUUUCAGGAACUUGGACCUGCCACUGGGAGAUGCCAGGGCCUUGCCGCAGGCAUAUCGCGCUGUCCAGAGCUUAAGGAAUUGGGGACGGAAGAGUAUCUCUCGGUCGCAGAUAUCAGCAUGAUCAGCGAAGGCGCUUUGAAGUUGGAAAAAAUCAGCUUCAGCGGGAGUCUGGUUCAUGAUGCGCACAUCAUGCCACUUGCAAACCUUCCACGCCUUAAGGAAGUAUACGUCACAGGUGACUCGGCCUUCACGGCCUCGGGGAUCCUGAAAUUCUUCAAAAAGAUGGAAGAAACCCCCGAUCAUGACCAUCUGGGGUUUGAAUUCGGCGCGGUGUUCCAGCAAGGCACUUCGAUUGGACAGAGAGAUUACAAACGCCUUCGUAAAGCAGCCACGCAAGCCUUUGAUGGAAAUGUUGAUAUCCAGUUCAUUGACUCUGACGGAGAAGAUUACUACUUCCAGGAUAACUAG